AUGACCAAGAGAAUAGCCACAUUGACGCCCUGCGGUGCGCCACUAACCUCCGGGUUUGAAUUGCGGCACCGCUCGGCGGCAUGGGCACCCCCGUCCUUGCCCCCGGCCUGGCAGCUCUACCUCAAGGACCACCGCGUCUCUACGUUCAAGAACUGGCCCUUCUUGGAGGGCUGCUCCUGCACCCCGCAGCGGGUCAGGCCGCCCCGCCCCAUAGAGGAACAUAAAAAGCAUUCGUCUGGUUGUGCCUUCCUCUCUGUCAAGAAGCAGUUUGAAGAAUUGACCCUCGGUGAAUUUUUGAAACUGGACAGAGAACGAGCCAAGAACAAAAUGGCUAAAGAAAUCGGCAGCAAGCAUAAAGAGUUCGAAGAGACGGCCCAGAAGGUGCACUGCGCCAUCGACCAGCUGUCCGCCCUCGAGUGAGCCUCCU